AUGGGCAGCUCCGCUAAGAUCACGCGCGGAGGUAACAAGAAGCGCGUGAAUCAGGGUCGCGUGGAGGCGAAGAUGCGCGCACAGGGCGCCAAGUCGCACACAACCAGCGUGAAGGAGUCCGUAGAGGCAAAGAAGCUAUUGAAGCAGCGUGCACAGGCCAUCGCAGAUGAGCUGAAGGCAAAAGCACGCGCUGGCGGUGCAGCUGGAAAUGCCUCCCCAUCCCAGGCGCGUCCCUCUUCCUCUGGGGGCAUCGUGCGCAUGGCGCCGAAGCCCGCCGCGAAGCCGAAGCCCUCGACUCAGUCGGAGGAGUAG